AUGCCGCCGUCACUGCUGGUACCCUUCGUGCGCACACAACUGCUGCUGCUGCUCUGGGGCCUGGGGGGUCCCGGGGGUCUCGGGGCCUCUGACUCUGCCACGGAUGCGUCGCCCUCUCCCGGGGACGAUGGGCUCUCCGCGGCUGCGACAGAAGCGUCGUCAGCGGGUAAGGCCAGUGCGCAGCGAGGCCUUUGUUUGGGGGGGACGCGUGAAAACGCUCUGAGCAGAGGUCAGGAGCAGUGGUCAGGAGCAGAGGUCAGGAGCAGAGGUCAGGAGCAGAGGUCAGGAGCAGAGGUCAGGAGCAGAGGUCAGGAGCAGGUCAGGAGCAGAGGUCAGGAGCAGUGGUCAGGAGCAGUGGUCAGGAGCAGAGGUCAGGAGCAGAGGUCAGGAGCAGAGGUCAGGAGCAGAGGUCAGGAGCAGAGGUCAGGAGCAGAGGUCAGGAGCAGAGGUCAGGAGCAGAGGGCCCUCACUGUCACGGCCCUCACUGUGCAGGGCCCUCACUGUCACGGCCCUCACUGUGCAGGGCCCUCACUGUGCAGGGCCCUCACUGUGCAGGGCCCUCACUGUCACGGCCCUCACUGUCACGGCCCUCACUGUGCAGGGCCCUCACUGUGCAGGGCCCUCACUGUCACGGCCCUCACUGUGCACGGCCCUCACUGUGCAGGGCCCUCACUGUCACGGCCCUCACUGUCACGGCCCUCACUGUGCAGGGCCCUCACUGUCACGGCCCUCACUGUGCAGGGCCCUCACUGUCACGGCCCUCACUGUGCACGGCCCUCACUGUGCAGGGCCCUCACUGUCACGGCCCUCACUGUCACGGCCCUCACUGUGCAGGGCCCUCACUGUCUCGGCCCUCACUGUCACGGCCCUCACUGUGCAGGGCCCUCACUGUCUCGGCCCUCACUGUCACGGCCCUCACUGUGCAGGGCCCUCACUGUGCACGGCCCUCACUGUGCAGGGCCCUCACUGUCCACAGCCCUCACUGUCACGGCCCUCACUGUGCAGGGCCCUCACUGUCACAGCCCUCACUGUCACGGCCCUCACUGUGCAGGGCCCUCACUGUGCAGGGCCCUCACUGUCACGGCCCUCACUGUCACGGCCCUCACUGUCACGGCCCUCACUGUGCAGGGCCCUCACUGUCACAGCCCUCACUGUCACGGCCCUCACUGUGCAGGGCCCUCACUGUCACGGCCCUCACUGUCACGGCCCUCACUGUGCACGGCCCUCACUCCUCCCUUCAUCCUGCGAGUCCUGCUGAGAGACAGUGUGUCCCGGGCCCCUCUGUCAGGGGCCUCCCUGGACUUGUACGUGAACCACAGCCUCAGGAGCUCGGUGCUGACGGGCCCCAGAGGAGAUGUCCUUCUGUGGGUCAGCUACAGCCCUGCAGAGAGCCUGACUCUGGUGGGACGCAUGGAGGGCUACCUGCCCCUGCCUCUGCCCUGGAGCCCCGCCCGCCGGCCGUUGUUCACUGCAGUGACGUUGGCCCUGAUGCCUCAAAGCCAAGGAAACAUCUGGCUGUAUGAAGAUUCAGUUCUCAUCACUGGGAAGUUACCGGACAGCUCGUCACAGCCGAGGGUUAAGUUCCCCAAAAACCUCCUCCCCAUCUCUGACAGCACCAACGUCUCCUCAGUGGCUGCAUACCUGACAGUCCCACAGCGCCCUCUGGCCAAGGACUGCGGCAACUGCACCCCAGGCAUCAUAAGCAGUAAAUCAGCCGUGCGCAGCCUGGACCUGAGGCCAGUGGCAGCGGUCAGUGUGCUGCUGUACUCUGGGGAGGAGCAGCUCCAGAUCAGAGGGCCCGUCCACAUCAGCCUGCCCCUGAGGUCCAACACACGCCUCAGGCCCGCAGACACUGUCCCAGCUUGGGCCUUCAACAGUCAGGCCGGGGCCUGGGAGAACCAAGGUCUGGGGAUCGUGAAGCGCAUUGGCUCUGAGCUGGUCUGGACCUACACAGCGUCCCAUCUGGGAUACUGGCUGGCUGCCCCUCUGCCCUCCUCUCAUGAAUACAUUGGAUUCAGCAGCUCCCUGGACUUCCUUUCCCAGCACACAUAUCUUCUGAUGGGAAUACUCGCUGGAACCCUGGCCAUAGUGGUUGGCUUUCUGUCUGUGCUACUCUGUUACUGCCGAGGGUCCAACAGAGCACAUCGGCGGAGAGCCCGCUUCUCCAAACUGAGUGUGGGGAAGAAGGAUCAGACCACAUCCACUCACCUGGAGGAGGGUCUGCUGUCCUGCGACCCCUCCAGCACUCCAAGGCAUAAGGUUAACUACAACAUCUAUGUGGAGGAGCCCCACGGCCUCUCUGGGAACGCCCUGUACGAGAACAUCAAGCCCUCGCAGCACCACUACAUCAACAGUGAGGAGGUCGCACGGCUCCGGGACAAGGCCGAGCAGAACCGGGCCAACAUGAACACGGAGGACUUCUUCCCUGAUAAACUGGUGCACCUGUACAACCAGCCCGUGGCCAUUAUCCAGGCCUCAGAGCUGUUCAGUGCUCAGGACAUGAAGGCCGCCACGUUCCCACGCAACGGACUGGAUGAGGCAGAGAGCAAGGGCAAUGCCCAGACCCUGCCCAAGGGAGGGGGCAGCCCCCAACAGGGCAGCCAGGAUGACCCCCAGCCUCUGGAGGUUCCUGUGUCAGGCUCUGGCCCAAAUGUGAAUGCUCUGUGGAGCCGUUACAGCAAUCUGCUGGAAUCCUCAGUGUCGGUGCCUGGGACUCUGAACGAGGCCUUUGGUGGGGGGCCGGGGGGCCACAGUGAACUGCAGGGGAUCUCAGAGAGAACCCUCCUGGAGUUGACCCGGGGCAAGACAUCGGUGCCUCUCCCCAGGGCUUGGUUCGUGUCUCUGGACGGUCGACCCGCUGCAACGGUGCGUCACUCCAUCAUCGAGCUGCAGAACAGAACCCGCCCCCCCAGCAGUAACGACACCAGCCUGGACUCUGGCGUGGACAUGAACGAGCCCCAGCACCGGCCUUCGGUCAAAGCCUCGUCCCUGUCCCACUUGGGGCGUGGUCGUUACGGGGACGAGCAGGACCUGAGCAGCAGUGAGAGCGGCACCACCACCACCUGCACCCCCGAGGACUCCUCCCUCAGGAACAUUCUGGACGGCAGCAGCAUCACUAACAUCCCCGAGGAGAGGGACGGGAUGGACACGUCCAGCGCUCAGGAGGACAGUGAGUCCAGGGGGACCCCGCCUCCACGCCGCCUCAGGAAGGUCCGGGACAAGAGCAAGAGCGACAGGAGAGCGGCCAAGCACGUCCGCGAAGCACGGGCCCUGAACAAACGCAGUUAG